AUGAAUAAAAGAAUAUUUAGUUUAGUUUGUAUUACUUUAUAUACCCUUUUGGAUGUGUCAAUACAUUGCUUCGAACCGAAAGUAUCUGUUGCAGGAUAUACGAGUGAUCUAGAUACUAAAAAAAUAAACGGAAGCAACGAAACAAGUGAUAUAGAAUAUAAACACGAAACGCGAUUAAAGAAUAACAAUCCUAAAGAUAAUAAAGACGAUAAAGACGAUAAAGGAUUUAAUUUUUUUAAUAUAUUUAAAAGAAAUAAAAAAAAUAAAAAAACAAAAACAUCUUCAAAUAACAAUGAACUUCCUAAGAUAACAGUGCGAUUGGGAAAAUAUUACCAUACCUUUCCUGCAAAAAAUCCAAAUCUUUCAAAGAUUUUAUUACAAUUAAAAGAAAAAUUAGAAGAAAGGGUUUCAAAUAACAAUAAAUCUAUUCCUAAGGAAGCAUUGAAGAUGCAAAAAAAAAUGAGUAUCAUACUUGCAAAAAAACCAGAACUGCUAUGGCCUUUAUUACGUAUAAAAGAAGAAUUAGACAAACAAUAUUCAAAUAAUAACAGUUCUCUUCCUAAGAUAAUAUUUGUGGUGAAAAACAGUUUGCAUGGAAUUACUGUAAAAGAUCCAGAACAUUUAAAGUUUUUUUCACGUUUAAAAGAAGAAAUAGAAAACGCUCAUCAAAUAGUAAACAAAGAUAAUACUCUUCAUAUAAUAAUUACAUUCAAGUGA